CGAGCCGAGCCGAGCCGAGCCGAGCCGGUGCGGGGCAGCGGCGGGCUCGGCUUUGGCGGGCUCGGCUUUGGCGGGCUCGGCUUUGGCGGGCUCUGCCCUCCCCUGCCGUGGGGGCGCCCCGGGAGCCGUGCUGCGGAUGGGGCUGGGGCUGGAGCGGGGCCGAAGUGGCGACCGUUACACCUGGGCGGGCCGCUGCUCGCCCUCCGCCUGCGCGGGCCUGGCCAGUUUUGUAGGCAGUGCAGGCUGGAAGUUGUGUCCCUGUGCCUGACAGAUGGUGGCUUCUUCAGCUGUUUUCUGGAAGAGAUCAAAGGGAUAACGGUUUAACACCUGCAAAUUCCAGCUCCACAGGGAUACUGUUGCUUGUAACAGCCAGGCAAUGGGCAAGCUUGAGGACUAGAGAAAGCAAAGGUUGAAAGUGUGCGGAAGGCAUGGGCUAUGAUAUUGAACGUUUUGUUGGCUACGUUAAUGAAGGACUGCUAUGCUCCAUCUGCCGAGAUGUGUUAGAAGAUCCAUUACAGGCUCCAUGUGAGCAUGCUUUCUGUACUGCUUGUAUACAUGGGUGGCUCAUUCAUCACAGUAACUGCCCUGAAGACAGACAAACACUUGAUGUGUCUUUACUACGACCUCUCUACAGAUAUAUGAAAAACGAUUUAAAUCGUCUUCAGCUACAUUGCAAAAACAGAGAGUAUGGCUGUGGAAUGGUUUGUUCUCUAGAGUCUAUAGACAGGCAUGAAAGGGAAUGUGAAUACAGUCAGAUACUUUGCUCCAAUGCUGGUUGUACAGUUCAGAUUGAACGACGUAAUUUAGACGGUCAUUUGGCAGUGUGUGAAUAUCGGAGUCGUGAGUGCCCCAAUGGUUGUGGUUACACCAUUCUCAGCGCAGAAGAUACCCAGCAUAAUUGUGUAGCAGAGCUAAGAACUGAGCUAGAACUACUUCGGUCAGAAAUGAUCUGCAGAGUGGAGGAGGCAAAGCAUGAGAUGGAGUCCAGAUUAGAUUCACAGAGAAGACAUAUGGUCCAGAAAGAGAGUAUUCUGCAAAAUGAAAUAGAAGAACUAAAGAGUCAGAUGUCACGAAUGAUGUCGGAUGUACGGUCUUUAAUGGCUGCAGAGAGACAGCAUCGUCAAGAGCUGGAGCAGGCAGAGCUAGAGAAGCGCGAAUUAAUGGAGCUUCUGAAAGGCCUACAGAAAGACUGUCGAUUAAAUACUACAGAAGGAAGCAAGAAGUCAAACUUCCGUCCUCUGACGCGGCUAGAAAGUGUAAAACGAAAACCUAGGGAAGUUACGGUUAUCUAAAUAGACGUUUAAAGCUACUUGAACAUCAGUAUCCACAAUGGACAAAAAUUUGCCCAGUCAUAUGGACUUCGGACUUCCUUACUAGUAGUCAAGUAUACUAUACAAGAAGAAUUUAUAGUAGACCCACAAAUUGUGGAACAAGGGGGUACUUGCCUGUAAGGCAUUGGAAAAUUUGUACAGUUCAAAGAGUUUUCUCUAAACUUCUCACACAGCCUAUUUGUGUUGUUUUCAGUGCUAUAAUUGAGCCAUAUUCUGUCCUCUGUUGCAGUUCUUCAGUGGAGUAACUAGGGGGAAACUUGGCCUCCUGUUUAAUGAAUGUGCUAAAUCAGUCCUGAACUUUCAGGAAAAUGGUAUGCAGGUGCAACAGUCUUAAUAAGCUAGUUUUCUAGUUUAGGAGCAAAUUCACUACUGUGUGUGCCUUGCUGUCACUCAGAUCAAAGCUUUCAUGGCUAACAAUGUAACCAAAGAGAGAGACAGCAACCUUCUUUAGCACGUACACUACAUUAUAAAGAAGUGUGGUUAGAGCUCUCUUAAUUAAAUUUCAGGCAUUAAUAAAACCUUCUAAUUCACUUUUUUCAUUAGUGCCACUGAAAGGAAAUGUAUACCUGUUCAGCUGUUGUGCGUACUUAGAAAUUGAUUGAAAUAACUCUCCUGUAAAGGUUUUUUCUGGAAGAAAACAUUCAUAGCUAUUUCCAAAUUUUAUUUGUUUUUUUUUUUUGUUUGUUUGUUUGUUUUAGUUCACACUUAAAUUCUAGAUGGAAUUACAAUUGUUGACAGUAUUUAGAUCAUUACAGUAAUUUUUCCCAACUCAUGACAUAGAGAUGUCAUAGUACAUCUCUUAAGCAGCUAUAUCUAACAAUAUGAGACAGUAAAAUAGUAGCUGAUUUAACCUUCAUUCACACCAAGUAUUCAGUGGUCACUACACAAACAUCAGUGGACACAUUAAAGUAGUUAGAACCUAGAAAUGUUUUUAUUAUCUUGUGCUCUAAAUAAGCAAGCUGUUAGUGUUUGUGGUCUUUGUGGUUCUGUUUCAGCAUUCACUAAUUUUGAAGCUGCUUGGCCAUUCCAGAUUUCAUGCAUUAGAAUCAGUGUUUUUUCCGGAUGUUUUGCCGUGUACUGUAACUGUGUGGUUCUUUGAUGUAACUUUAUAUACCUUGCUUAAAGUGAAAGAAGAAAAUUCCUUCAAAAUCCUGUAUCCUUCAUCCUAUCAAGAUGAGCUGGAUCAUCCUUCCUGAAUUGGAGGACAGUAUGAUCAUCUUAUCUUUUACAUUCUGACCACAAAAAAGAACAUUAUUAGCUCCAUGCUUUUUGCCUAACUGGGUCUCUGUAUUUGUUUUUAGUUAUAAAUAAGAGGGUGACAUUCCUAAUUUUAGUGCAGAAAAUAGGGUUUAUUUAAUAUUUACUUAGCAUUUGGUCUGCUGUCUGUAUCCUAAGGGGACAGACAUAAAACUCCACAAGAAAACUACUCCUCGGUGUAAAGUAAGCACUUUCUGCUAUGCAAUGUAUGUAGCUCCUAGUUGUCAGCAUGGAGUUUGAACUUCCAGUGUUCAAAAAUGAGAUUCUUUGGGCCCAUCUGCAGGUGAAAUGACCUGUCAGCUUAGAUUUCCAUAAAGCACUCAGUGAUAUUUUUAAUGGAGGUAUAUUAGCAAAUAACACCAGAUAUCUCCAGUUAUACUGGAAAAUCAUUCAAUUCUGAGGUUAAUCACUUUCCUUCGUGAUGAUAACUGAUGCAAUUAAGAUUUUCUUCUGCUAAUGAACCACUCACACAUGGGGUUGUGUAUGUGUGAAUACAGUCACCAUUUUACCUAUUUCUUAAACUAGAGUGAAAUUAAAUAGCCAGUUAUAUUAGAAUUUUAUCUAAAUUUAGGCUUUCCAAUCUCAAUUGUUACUAAAAGCUGUAAUACAUGACAGAAGCAAAAGGUUUUUUUCCUUUCAAAUACUCUGUUAAUCCUCUUCAUAAAAACUAAGGGUCCAAAUAUUGUAGCAGACAAGUAAGUAAGACAAGCGCAGAUGUUCACUUUGAAAUACAUAGUUCCCUAGUCAAAAUCAUAUUUUAGGAUUAUAUGAAAGACUGCUAAAAUUGUAUUACAGGAAAGUUCAAGCAUUGAAUUACUCAUAACAAGGUUCCUAAAUAUUCUCAGACUGAUUCACAUCUUGACUGUUUCCUCGCAGUGGAGACUGUGCUGAUAGGGAGUUGAACAGUUACUCAAAUGGACCAGUAACCAUUAGUGGCUUCUAAUAGCACUUUGCAGCUAGAAAAAGGAGAGCACAAACUGUAGAGGAGGCCCAGGUUAAUGGAGGGCAGCAAGAAAGAGUAACUGCAGUUCUGUCAACUUCCCUCAGCCUGAGAGCAAUGAUUCAGCUGCACCUGACCUGACCAGGUGCCUGUGUACCAGCUCACCAUUAUAACUGUUAGCUUGUUAGCUUGUGGCAUUACAAUUAAAAUAGCAUUAGAAUUAAAAGGAAAUGAAACCUUUAUCCACAACUAAGUGGGUACUAAAGGCACCAGUACCAAACCUGGGAGAUUCUCUAAUAAAACUCUGAUAGAGAACAAGUCAUCAAGUACAUGAAAUUACAAGGAGUUGAGCAAAUCCCAACAACCACGUUGAACUGGGUAAUAGUAACACUAAAGGUCUAUAUUAAUUAGCAUUUUAAAGUCAGUGGUAAGUUUAUCUUUGAAAGAAAAUCAAAAUUUAAUCAGAAUUUACAUGUUUGUUCUGAAGACGUAAGAGGUCAAUUCAGAUAUAUUUAAAUUAGCUCCCUUACGCUGACUUCUGCGUUUGAGAGGUCAAGUUCACAACAUGCUUCCUCCGCUUCAUUCAGUAUUAAAUCUACAUGCCCUGUCCUCCUUUCCUCCCAAAGCAAAAUACUGUCCAUGGGCUUGGCCAGUAUGGACCAUUGUGGCGAGGCUUUCAUUCUAUAGUGAAAGGGGACAGGAAUUUUUGGGAAAGCUUCUUCUAGGUUUAAAUGACUUUCCAAAAGGUUUCUAGAAUAAACAAACACACAUCUAAGAUGUAGUGGUAAUCACAUCUGCUUUACAUGCUGAAGGUCCUGGGUUCAAGCCUCAGUGGAACGAGCACCAGGAGAUCUGUGGGAGGUUGGACUAGAUGAUCUCCAGAGGUCCCUUCCAACCUUCCUGAUUCUGUGAUUUCUAUCAAUCAGAGCUGUACAGUAGAGUUUUGCUGGCCUUACUAAUUAAGCAAAGUGUUUUUAGUUAGUAUGAUUCUAGUACUAGAUUAAUAGUCAUUUAAGACAGAUAAAUUUAACAGUUCCUGAUAUAAAUUAGAAUGGGGAGCCUUGCAAAUUAAAUUUUCCAUAUGCUGUUCUCCUUGAUGCUUUUGGCAUGGUGCUUUUCUACAGCUGUUUUAUUUAGAAGUGCUGGAUAAUACUUAAAUGGAGCAGUACUAGCCUUUUUCUUCCUCAUGUAUUGCUUCUUGGAUGAAUAAUGGUAGGUCAGGGAGAUUUUAUCGCACAGAUGGAUGCCUUCAUAAAGACCUACAAUUCUAUGCAACUUUAUAUUAACAAAUAAACACUGAAUUGUCUUCCAGCAUUAUGGUUCACUGCCAAUCUAUUUACAUUUUCUACCUUUAUAUAUACAAGAAGGAUAAAACAGUGGUAUCUUGGACCUUAAACUCUAGUCUGUAAAAGAAACAAUAACAGUAUUUGUAUCAAUUUGAAAUACGCUUUGUAUAAAAGUUGAAUUAAUAAAGGGUGUGUGUGUAUAUA